AUGAGUGAUUUACCAUUGCUUGGUUCAUCUCGCCAACAGUCCCAUUCGUUUAUUCAAAAUUUCUCCCAUGCCACCAAGUUAACCUUGAAAUCUUCCCCCGUCAACUAUUUACUUGUAUUUGUUCCAUUAGGAUUAAUUGCUGGUGCAUUAGAUUGGGGAGCCAAUGCCAGAUUCUGGCUCAAUUUCUUUGCCAUUAUUCCCUUGGCCUCAAUCCUCGCAUUCGCUACCGAGGAAAUUAGUGAGUAUGUGGGACAGACAGUAGGUGGGUUGUUGAAUGCUACAUUUGGUAAUGCAGUUGAAUUGAUUGUUUCAAUUAUCGCUUUAAAAGAAAACCAAGUUCGAAUUGUUCAAGCAUCUAUGUUGGGUUCGAUUUUAAGUAACUUGUUGUUGGUUCUUGGUUGUUGUUUUGUUGCUGGUGGUAUUACUCGAGUUCAACAAACAUUUAACCAAACGGUUGCACAAACAAUGUCGAGUUUAAUGGCUUUGGCUACUUCUUCAUUGUUGAUUCCUGCUGCAUUCCAUGCUUCUUUACCAGCACCAAACGGAGACAAGGGAGAAUUCCCCGAACCAGGUACUUCUGAUGACUUGAUUCUUAGUUUUUCACGUGGGGUUUCGGUUAUCUUGUUGGUGAUUUAUUUAUUUUACUUGUUGUUUUCAUUAAAGACUCAUAAAUCGUUGUUUGAAGAGACUGGUGCUUUAGGUGAUGACCAUGAUGCUAACAACACUUCAUCCGACGAUAUCAUCACCGGUAAAUCAGAAGACGACCAUUUGCUGGUUUUAGGUGGAUUAACAGUUUUGUUACUUACUACAUUGUUGGUUUCAGUAUCGGCCGAUUAUUUAGUUGGCUCAAUUGACGAAAUUGUUGAAAAGUCUGGCCUUUCCAAAACAUUUAUUGGUUUAAUUGUUAUCCCCAUUGUCGGUAAUGCUGCUGAACAUGUGACUGCAGUCAUUGUUGCCAUGAAAGAUAAGAUGGAUCUUGCUAUAGGUGUUGCCGUGGGAUCUUCUUUGCAAAUCGCUAUAUUUGUUACUCCAUUUAUGGUAUUAGUUGGUUGGAUUAUUGACGUGCCAAUGUCAUUGUAUUUCUCCACUUUUGAAACGGCAAUUUUAUUUGUGAGUGUGUUUAUUACUAAUUUGGUGAUUUUAGAUGGUGAGAGUAAUUGGUUAGAAGGUGCGAUGUUGUUGUCAACAUAUUUGAUUAUAGCAUUGGCAUUCUUCUAUUAUCCUGAUUCUGCUGGGUUAUAA